UAGUGGUAUUUUUAAUGUAAAUUCUGACUUCUGACCCCCUAGAAGAGGAUCAGGAGUGAUAAUUAAUUGUGAAUUAGAGAAAUGAAUACAUGAAUAUAAAAAUUUUGACAAUUUUGUGCACCACGGAAAGUUUCCGGAAAGCUUGUAAGAACACAAGCUGGGCAAACAGAAUGCACAAAAUUGGCAGGGUUCUGUGGGAAUGAACUAAAACGAUACUGCCAGAGAGAGAGAAAGAUUAAAAAGGCAGGAUUCAUUAGAAAAAUGAAUGAAAAUGAGACUGCCAGAAGUUAAGAAAAUUUAGCAACAGGAUUCAUGAAAGAAUGAAUGGAAAUGAGACUGUUGGUAGAGAAAUUAAGUGAUAGGAUUCAUGAAAGAAUGAAUGAAAUGAGACUAUCAAGAUUAAGAAAACGAAUUGAAAGAAAAAAAAAAAGCAAAAAGUAGGGAAGAAAUUAAUGAUUUUCUUCUCUUCUUUUACAGAAAUUGACAAAGAAAAACCAUGGAUCAUGGGAAUCAAUACAAUGUACCGCCAUUCAAACGGUCAUUGUUGUCCCCAAAUGAGAAUCGGAAGAAUUGGGAGACGUUCAAGAGGGGAUUCCUCAGUGUUGCACUGGCAACAGCAGAGACAGAUAAGAAGAAACUAAAAGGGAUGCUGCUUGCGUAUGGUGGUCCAGACCUACGAGAGGUAUUCUACCAAAUCCCGGGUGCAGAUAUACCCGGAGAUGACGAUAAUGAUCCGUACAAAAUUGCGAUGAAAAAGCUGGAUGAGCAUUUUGCACCAAAGAGACACGAUUCCUAUGAGAGGCAAAUGUUUUGGUCUCUCAUGCCAGAACCAGAAGAAUCAUUGGAACAGGUGAUUCUGAGGGCAAUGCAUCAAGCCGAGAAGUGUGUCUUUGAAUCGGAGAAAUGCGACGCAAAAACCAGCGCAAAGAUAGACAAGAUCAUAAUGUUGUGUCCGGAAGAGUUGAAGCAGAAGAUCAUGGCUAAACCGAAUUAUGAUUUGGAUGUGUUGCUUCAGUAUAUACACGCAUACCAAGCAGCUAAAGCUCAAGCAAAGGAAAUGAGCAAACAGUCGAGUACGAUUGGUGAAGGUUCAGGCUCGAAUCUGGAGAAGAGUGACCUCAAUGCGGUACAAGAGAAGAAACAGAAGUAUGGAGGGAGACCGAAAGCUCAGGCAGGGCAUUUCAACACAAAAGAUGAAUGUUCUCGUUGUGGUAGAUCCGGGCAUACGGCGAAAGAUCCAAAUUGCCCAGCCAUGGAGAAAACUUGUGCCAAAUGUAACAUCAAAGGGCAUUUUGCAAGGAAAUGUCGCACUCGACGAGCACAAAAUCUCAAACGGUCAAAUGCAGAAGACGCAUCAACUCCCAAAUCGAAGAUUGCAAAAGUGAAUCAUGUGAGUGAAGAGAAUGAUUCAGAAGAGGAGGAAGGAAACGAUGGAUUUAUAUUCAAUGUGGGAGAUGGUGAUGAAUACAUCUGGUGCAAAGUUGGUGGCAUUUUGAUUGAGAUGCUAAUUGAUUCCGGUUCCACUCACAACAUUAUUGGAGAGAACACGUGGAAGUACUUGAAGAAGAGUGGGAUAUUUGCCCAGAAUAUGACGAAAUCUGUCACCAAACAGCUGAAGGCAUAUGCACAGUCGAGUCCAUUGGAAAUUCUGGGAUCGUUUGAAGCAGAAGUGGUGAUUCAGGACGUUAAUCGGGAGUUGAAAAGCACAGCGACAUUUUAUGUCGUUAAAGGGGGAUCUCAGCCACUCUUGGGCAAGGCAACAGCCAAGGCCUUGGGAGUUUUGAUGUUGGGAUUGCCAAGUAAGCAACAUAGUGGUAUUUGCGCUGUGCAAGCUCAACAGGGAUCCAAACCAUUUCCCAAAAUCCGUGGAAUUAGUCUGAUGAUUCCCAUUGAUGAAAAUGUCACGCCAGUAAAUCAACAUGCAAGACGGCCACCCAUCGCUCUUCUCAGCAAAGUUGAGGAGAAGUUAGAUGAAUUGCUGAAGGCGGAUAUAAUUGAGCCAGUGGAGGGUCCCAGUGAUUGGGUGUCUCCUGUGGUGGUACUCCCCAAGGAUAAUGGCGACAUUCGAUUGUGCAUCGACAUGAGAAAAGCCAACAAAGCUGUGAGGCGCGAGAACCACAUCAUGCCGACAUUUGAGGAUUUUUUGCCUCAAUUGACGAAGGCAAAAUUUUUCUCUAGGCUUGAUGUGAAGAAUGCAUUCCAUCAGAUAGAGUUGAAUCCUGCUUGCAGAAAGAUUACAACAUUCAUCACCCACAAGGGAAUGUUCAGGUAUGAAGAGUAAUAUUAAAUAAUGGACAAGAGAUUGAGGAAUAUUUAUGAGUUGUUAUUUAUUUGUGAGACAGGUACAAAAGAUUGAUGUUUGGCAUAUCUUGUGCCCCGGAGAUCUUCCAAAAGACGAUGGAGCAAAUAUUGUCAGGAUGUAGUAACACCCUGAAUUAUAUUGAUGACAUCGUUGUCUUUGGGUCGUCGGAGGAGGAACAUGAUAAAUCCCUACAGGAGGUUCUAAAAACACUAAAGGAACAUGGAGUACUGUUGAAUCAGGAGAAAUGUGUUUUUAAGGUGUGCCAGUUGGAAUUUUUGGGACACCAAUUGUCUGAGAAGGGGAUAAAUCCUACUGAGAGCAAAGUUGAGGCGAUUCGGAAGUUUCGAUCUCCAAAGUCCAAGGAAGAACUGCGAAGCUUUCUCAGGUUGGUAACAUAUGUGAGUCGGUUCCUACCAGAUUGCUCUACUGUCACACACACUCUGAGAUUAUUGCUCAAUAAGGAUACCUUAUUUGAGUGGAAGGAGAUCCACGAGAAGGCAUUUCAAGCUGUGAAGGAGAUGAUGAGCAAUGCGGAAACUCUCAGUUACUUUGACAAUACAUUGCUCACCAGGGUUAUCGCGGACGCUUCUCCAGUUGCUCUUGGUGCUGUUUUAGUACAAAUUGACAGCAGAAAUGAGGAUAAAAUACACAUUAUUGCAUACGCUAGCAAAAGUUUGUCGGAUACAGAGCGGCGAUAUUGUCAGACUGAGCGUGAAGCAUUGGCAUUAGUAUGGGCAGUUGAAAAAUUCAGUGUCUAUUUGAUUGGACGAGUGUUUGAACUUGUAACAGAUCACAAACCACUUGAGAUUAUUUUCAAACCGACCACCAAACCCUGCGCGAGAAUUGAAAGGUGGCUUCUAAGGCUGCAAUCCGUCAGGUUUAAAGUAAUCUACAAGAAAGGAUCCAUGAACAUUGCUGAUUCUCUUUCACGGUUGACGGAAAGCAGGGAUUCGAAAGGGUUUGAUAAGGAGAAUAAAUUCUUUAUCAGAGCAGUCAUUGAAUCAGCAGCCAUUGACAUUUCGGAGAUUGAGGAAGCUUCCAGGAAUGACACGGAGUUCCAUGUGGUACGUCAGUGUUUGGAAACGGAUCAAUGGCACGCGCCUGAAGUGAAAUUGUACCAACAUUUCAAGAUGGAACUCAGCUGCAUCGGAGAUAUUCUCAUCAGAGGAACAAAAGUUGUGGUACCUACCUCUUUGAGGCAACGUAUGCUGCAACUUGCUCACGAAGGACAUCCAGGAGAAACCACGAUGAAACGCCGAUUGAGAGAUAGAGUGUGGUGGCCUGGAAUGGACACAGAGGUAACUAAGUUUGUGAGGAGCUGCAAAGGAUGUCUGGUGUCUACUCCGUCCAAACCGGAACCGAUGGUACGCAGGCAGCUUCCACAAGGACCCUGGAUUGAUAUAGCAGUAGAUUUCAUGGGACCUCUACCUACUGGAGAAUAUCUGUUCGUCAUUGUCGACUACUUCAGUCGUUAUAAAGAAGUAGAAGUUAUGAUGAAGAUUACUGCUAAGGAAACAAUCAGGCGGUUGGAGAGAAUUUUCGUGAGAAUGGGUUACCCUAGAACAAUAACGCUGGACAAUGCCAAACAAUUCCUCAGUGAAGAGUUUGAGACCUUCUGCAAACAGCGAGCUAUCACCGUGAACAGAACGAUACCUUACUGGCCACAGCAGAAUGGGGAAGUGGAACGCCAAAAUAGAUCGUUGGUGAAGCGCUUAAAAAUCAGUCAGGCAUUGAAACGUGAUUGGAAGAGUGAUUUGCAAGAAUAUCUUCUAAUGUAUUAUACGACGCCUCAUGCUACAACCGGAAAAACCCCAACAGAACUCUGUUUUGGACGUAACAUUCGGGGUAAGAUUCCUGCAUUGAGUGAUGUCUCUACGAUGCCUCCCAGCUCUGACUUCAGAGACCAAGAUCGAAUUUCAAAAGGAAAAGGAAAGGAAAGGGAGGACAAAAAGAGAGGUGCGAGGCCAGCGGAGCUUGAGUUGGGAGAUCGCGUACUCAUGAGAAACCUGCUUCCCGGAAACAAACUGAGUACCACGUUUGACCCCACGGAAUUCGUCGUUCUAGAAAAGAAGGGAUCUGCGGUGGUCAUCGAGGACCCGGAAUCCGGACGGCGUCUCCAGCGAAACGUGGCACACUUGAAGAGGGUUACACCACCUGAGGAGGAUGACACUGACGGAGCUGAGUCUGGAUCUGUGGGGACUGGGACUCCGACAUCGGUGGAAUGCCAUGGCAACGCCGACCAGGAGAUCCCCGCUCCACAAACCCAAACAGCAACACGCAACAGACCCACCAGGAAGAAGAAGAAGCCCCAGAGAUUGGAAUACCGGGAGCUGGGGGGAUCGCAUCCCAAACAUGGAAAAAAGGAGGGAUGUGGUGAUGCACCCUGUGGGGAUGGACCCGAAGAGGUUCGGUAUGUUUCGGAAGAGAUGUCAGAUGAGAGAUGUGAUGUGUAAAGGUGAGAUGGUGGAAUAAAGAGUGUUAAAAAUCCAAGUGAUCUUUUAUUAAAUAGCACAACUUGAAUUUUGUGUUUAGAAAGUUCCUCCAAAUGGAGAAUUCUAAAUAUAUAUUCGUGCAAGAACUUUAACAAUUUAUCUCUGUACACAAAGCACCUACCUACAUAUAUUAAGUAAAUUGCCAUAUAUGAGUGACAAGAAGUUUGGUGUCAACGGCGCAGACUUAUCGCAUCUCAAUCAUUUGCUGUGAAUGGAAAACAUUGCGCGUCUUUUAGUCUCUCUCCCUUAUAGUUACAACUAAAUGUUUCAAAGGAGAAACUUUCCUUGUUUUUCAAUGAGGUGUUUUGUGAAGAAAACGGAACAACACUUCUCAACAAUCAAGUCCACAAUUUCUCAUAAACUCUUAGCGGGUGUUUAAAUGGCAAA